UGUCCCAAUUCGGUUGGGGACAAUAAUUUUGGCUUCGAUACUACUGGUUUCUUCAGUUAUAAACGCGUAUGUUGUAAUCGGACACACACAAAUGUGGGGCAGACAAAUUGAUGAUACACUCAGGGCAUUUUUCGGAGCAAUAUAUUGUAUAGUUGCGGUCGCGUCUCUCUUUGGACUAAUUGGAUCUUUUAGCUCUCGUCGUUCUGUUCGACUAUUCUCUAGAAUUCUUUGGUUCUUGCUUAUUGCCCAUAUCACUAUCGAUGUUGUACAAGUAAUAGAAAUGCACAAACACAGAGACGAUCGUAUUGCAGACUGUGUCGGAAACGUAACAGUUGCAGUGAACGAAAAAGUCGAUAAUAUUAACAAUUCCACAGCCAAUAUCACGCUAGUUAACGGCGCAACCAACUCCACCACCAAUAAAGUAAAAGACAAAAUUGAAAAGAAUACUCACGAAAGUUGUCAGAGAUGGGUGGAUAUUGAAAUCUGGGCGAUAUCUAUAUGGUAUGGGAUAAUUAAUCUAUUGCUGCUUUACUUUUGUAAUGUAGCUGCACGUUUUUCUCGCCAACUAGAGUCGGAAUAUCGUCAUCAUCAACUUCGAGAUCAUACAAGAUCAGCUGUAAGUCGCUCUUCCCUAAGUUCGAGUUUGAACUACCAACCUACGAAUGUAAAAGGAAAAUCGUAA